AUGUCUGUGUUGAAGAUUGGACAUAUGACCUGUGAGGAAGGAGCUCCUAAGUUUUGGUCAUUAGCUGUUGGCCAUCAUUACACCUCUCUCGGAACUCAGCCCAUCCUGUGUGGUAGCAUCCCAGGCCUCGUCCCUAAGCAGCUUCGGUUUUGUCGUAAUUAUGUGGAAAUCAUGCCAAGUGUGGCAGAAGGGGUCAAAAUCGGUAUCCAGGAAUGUCAACAUCAGUUCCGUGGGAGGAGGUGGAACUGCACUACCAUCAAUGACAACUUAGCAAUAUUUGGGCCUGUACUAGAUAAAGCAACACGAGAAUCAGCAUUUGUUCAUGCAAUUGCAUCUGCUGGUGUGGCUUUUGCUGUGACGAGAGCCUGUGCUGAAGGAUCUGCUACUAUCUGUGGUUGUGACACGCGACACAAAGGCCCUCCUGGAGAAGGCUGGAAAUGGGGAGGCUGCAGUGAAGAUGUGGAAUUUGGUAGUAUGGUAUCUCGGGAGUUUGCAGAUGCCCGAGAAAAUAGGCCAGAUGCUCGCUCUGCCAUGAACAGACAUAACAACGAGGCUGGGCGCACAUCAAUCAUGGAUCACAUGCAUCUCAAAUGCAAAUGCCAUGGCCUCUCUGGAAGUUGUGAGGUGAAGACAUGCUGGUGGGCCCAGCCAGAUUUUAGGGUCAUUGGGGACUACCUGAAAGAUAAAUAUGAUAGUGCAUCAGAGAUGAUAGUGGAAAAACACAGAGAAUCCCGAGGCUGGGUAGAGACUCUUCGACCAAAGUACACCUUCUUUAAGCCUCCAACAGAAAGAGAUUUGGUUUACUAUGAAACUUCUCCAAAUUUUUGUGAGCCAAACCCAGAAACUGGUUCAUUUGGAACCAGAGACAGGAUCUGCAAUGUGACCUCCCAUGGCAUAGAUGGAUGUGACCUUCUUUGCUGUGGCCGAGGACACAACACAAGGACUGAAAAGCGGAAAGAGAAAUGCCAUUGCAUCUUCCACUGGUGUUGUUACGUGAGUUGCCAGGAAUGCAUACGAGUAUAUGAUGUGCACACAUGCAAGUAGUCAGCACAGCCUUCAGUAUGGAUCACUGAGCAUGUAUCUUAAAUUGUUCUGUGGUGCCUAUAUAAAAAUACAGAAAGGAUAUAGAAAUGUUCAAAAUACACCUUCAAAAAAAGAAUCACUGGUUGACCAGACUAAGUCAGCUUCUGAGAGUUUUCCAGAAGCAACUUGAAAUACAACUGUUACUAAAAAAUGCCUAGUGGCACCAAUUUUAGGAGACUUGGCCUGGUAGUCUUCAGCUUAUAACAGCAAUUUUGUUGAAUACAAGAACAUUCCAGGGGAUCAGUGUUGUUCGUAUUCUGGAUUGUUCACCACACUCUGAAGAAGGUGUAUACUACUGAAUACUGUAUAGUGACACAACUUCUUACAAGAAGACUUACUGACAGUGAAGUGGGAGCAAGUCCAGGAAAGUACUGCCCUGAAACUAUUAAGAUAUAGGACACCAAAUUCCAACCAGACAGUUUAAGUACUGAUUAUUGUUAUACAGUAAGGGUUUUAUCUGAAUUAUAAUGUGAUUUUGGUUUUACCUUGAAGCAGAAACAAAAUGUAAUAUCUCCCACAAGAGCUAAUUGUUCACUAAUACACAAUGCUGAACAGUGCACAGCCACAAGUCUUACAAGAGGUGCUAGGGCAGUUACCACACAGUAUCGUUGUGACAAGAACUGGAUGUUGAUUUGAAUGUUGACAUUGACCUAAACUCUUGAAGGCAAUGCAGUGAUAAUUCUCUAGAAAGUUUCAGCUUCUAAUUAUUUGCCAGGUGAGGCAGUUCCAGUGAAACCAGAUGCAGUGUAAUAUAAACUCCAUCCUUGACCAUGUAAAGGCACAGCUAUAGUACUUUCAUUUCAGAAUUAGAUGUGAAAUGUGAUUUAAGUCAAAUCAUAAUGAUUUGAAGUUAUUUUAAGGACUAAGUUUAUAUGGGAAAUCUGUAGAAACCCUUAUCCCAUUGGUUUCAAGAGAUAUUCUAUAUGCUGCAAACCCUUGUUACUCUAAGGUGAUGCCUCUGCGUGAAUAUUGUGAUUGUGCAUGUGUAAGUAUAUGCACGUGUGAUUUACACACAGA